AUGUUCAUUGCAGUACCAUCAUCGUCGACAAUUGGAACCAAUCGUACAUACGAUGCUUUGAGGGAAUCAGCCUUUGGGCGACGCUUGGCUGAUUUUUCGUUCUACGCGCAUGGCCCGAUGCUGCUGCUGACGCUGUCUGAGUUGCAGGAUGGUGUGUGGCUCCAGACAACAAUCAACCUGGUUUCCCACGCUAGCGACUCUGCUAGCAAGCGUCUUGCUGCAUCCGUCGUCACAAUACGAUUAUCAAAGUUGCAAGAUAAUCGUCCAUCGAUAAUAUUCACUCCGCGAGGCCGCUCCAUUCUAAAUCCUGAUGAUUAUCAGCCGAUCGGAUCUUGGUUUCGUGGUUUCGGAAGCAACAAGCAAGAUUGGACAUUAGUUCCCACGUCCGCAAAUGCGCCACGACAACAACUUGUACCUUCUUUAGAUGCACUCACAUUGGAAAUCAAAGACUACCCUGAGAUAUUCACGAAUGUCGUUUUAUCGUAUGAAGCGUCGUUGGAUAUUGAGAACAAUAGGGUUUUAUUAGCAAUGGGUGAAGGAGUGACACCGGUCGAGAUUCCCGAUGCAUGCGUCGACGCACUUAGGCUCGUCGUCCACCAACUCCAUCUAUACCAAUCUACCGCGAUGGCCUUGCGCGAUCUUCCAAAAUCAGACGCCGUCGACAAUGAACUGCAACUCUACAUUUCUAUCGCUGAAUACCUAGCAUCGAUCGUAACUGCUUUUAAAGGAGAGCUGGGGACCGACAAUACAACGAGCUCGAACACGAAGUGGAGGUCUGCGCAUUUGGAUUUUCAUAUUGCCCUCGCAUUGGAGGGCAAUGCCUUUACGCAGGAGCAACAGACGAUCGCAUUGAAAGCGAUGAAGCGCUCCUGGAAUCACUUCAGGGAGAAAAGAACGUUCAAAAAGGUACAAGAGCGUGCUGGAAUGCACAAGGCCUUCUGCCUGAAUGGUGACAACAUGUGUGGUGGCCCAUUCGAGCAUACGCGCGAGCAGUCCGCGUUAAUCGCUGAUACCAUUCAGACCCUUCAAUCCGAGCCAGAGGUCGAAAUCAAAAAGGAGAAAGUCGUACGUUUUGACAAUCCUACUCCCUCGUUUUCGGUCGAAAUCACACAAAGGCCUCCUCAGAAUGCGUCGGGCGGUUCCAAAUCGAAGUCACUGAAGGGCAGGAACAUAAAGGCCACUGCGCAGUCUGUUAGUAAUGCGCAAGACUCAUCUGACAACAUGGUGGUCGACUUGCAGGAUGAUCCCCCGAAACGGAUAUCCGGUGCGAAGUCGAAGAAAUCAGGACAGGGUGGUCCUCGCAAGUCUAUAACGCCAGCAUCUGGCAGUGGUCAGCCUAGAUCUUCAUUGUUGGCAUCCGACGAGGAGGAAAGCCACUCUGAACGAGUCGCUAAUCGUUUCGAAAGCAAGGCAGAUGCGAAGAAGACAUAUAAACCCCGGAAGGCCGUGUCCAAGGGCAAGCGUCCCACGCGAAAGGGGAAGAACAAAGAUGCAGUUCUUGAGGCUGAGUCUGAGGAGGAGCAGCAUGUAGACGCUCGCACUGUUGCUCAAAUUGACGCGGAUGCAAAACUCACAGCGAGGCGUUCUGGGUCGAAGAAAGGAGGUAACCGCAUCAUAGAGUCUGAAGACGAAGAAGAAGAAGAUCACCCGACAGCGACUGCGAAGGUGUCUGCAAGUGACCUCGGAGUAGGUCAUGGUGCAAUUGAGUCGCAUUCUGGGAACGCAUCAGAGGAUGGCUUGGAGGAGCUAGACGAUACGAUCCUACCUACUUGGCUAGAGAACUGGGAGGAUUGGAACCAGAUCGCAUUCGACGAAGGAAAUUCGCAGAUUUUGUUAAAGUUGGGGGCGUGGAUGCUUCUUCGAUUUCGGCAGCUGGCGAUGAUCCCCAUGGACGCCGAUCUCAAUGGCCUGGUUAUCCCGCAAAGUCCAAGGGGGAUGAACUUCAAUAGCGAGAACGACUUUUAUGAGGCUCUUGGAAUGGAGCGAUUGUAUUCCGCUAUCGCUCACAUCGACACACGUCCUAGAUACAUGAGAUAUCUCCUGCACAGACUUGGACGGUCGCUCGCUUCAGCGGACGAUGCUGAUGGUCGCUCUAACAACUUGGCUGUAGGCUCACCGCCAGCAGUCACUAUCGGCAUCAGCAUGAUGUCGGAUAUUUCUGCACCAUGGAUGCCUCUCAACAGCGGGGUGGAUGACGACACGGCUGGAGAUACGACUGACGAGCAGGGCAUAGUCACAGAUGCCAUGCACGAAAUGGCCAUUGACAGUGAUGGGGUCCUGUUCGAUGAGUCACUUGAUAAGAGUGCCCUCAAUGACGGGAAGCGCAAGAGAACGUCUUCUCAGUCAUCGCCACCAAAGAAAGAUGGUGGUCGUGGACCAUCGAAGCGUCCGAAGCCAGUCGUUCAAUCACGAUCUGCGUCGGUACCUCCUAUCCCGUCAUCGACUGUCUUGGUCGCAUCGACUGCUUCAGUCACAUCGACAGUCUUGGUACCAUCUACCCCCGAGGCUCACGCAUCGGACGCUGCCAUUCGCAACGUCGGUAACGCCAGUGGAGAGGAUGACGAGAUCGAUGCUGUCGGAGAUGUCGAUCAUGAGCAAUCUUUCAGCUCUGUUGCUGCUGAUCCUUCGUCUAUCACACAUUCCAUUGCUGUCGUGGAAUCGUCGUCAACCGCUGCAAAUGCCAAUGACUGGCUCGAAAACAUGAUCUCUCCACCCAGCUAA